CCAAGCCCCAGAAUGAACUUUGAUCAGAAGGCUGUGAAAUUCCUGGCAAAUUUUUACAUCAAUGGAGGCAAACACUGGACUCGGGGCCCCCUGAGUCAGAAACCUCUUCAUCCCACCCAGCCCAGUGCUGCUGUGUUAUGGUGGGACCAGGAGCUGGAGACUGCCUGGGAUGAGAUGUGGCCCCCAAAGAUGAAGAGAUCCUCAAGUGGCUUCAGGUUAAGAAUAGGCGCCCCCAAUGAGUCCACACCUAUCAGCACAGGGACUCUGAGAGAGCUGUGGCUAGAGAGACGUCCUCCAAUCCUGAUGGACCUGGAUGUCCCUGGCCCAGCCCAGUAUGAGGUGCCCAAUAUGUCUCUGCGAGAGGCCUCUCCACACCCCCAAUACACCAUCGGUCGCAAGUACCCGGGUCGAGAGGGUGGUGGCCGCAGGGCAUGGCAGACCAUGUGGCUCCAAAGUGAAAGCCCCUUCAUGCAGAAGACCGACUUCAACCGAGAGACAAAGUGGCCAUCACCCGCCGAGUACACGCCGCUGAGCCAGCCUGCCUUCCCGGCCUUCAGCUUUGGAGGCCACCGUCGCUCUGUUGUCAAAAUGCCGGAGAGUCGCUUCCGCCCAGGGAUGCUCCGAGCCCGAGGUCCUUGUAGCUAUACCCCACUCUUGCCUACCUCAAAGCCCUCUGGCGAGAAGCGACCCAGCCCCAACACCUAUAACAUCCUUCCUGGGUACCGUCUGCAGAGCACACGCUCACCUGCCUUCUCCAUGAGCCGUUCUCCUGCGUUUGCAUCCUGGGUCAGCUCCUCCGCCGGAACCCCAGGUCCAGCUGCCUACUACGUGGAAGACUGCUACAACUCACGCUUCCCAUCUUCGCCUGGAGUAGUUAUUCAAGGAGUGCGCAGACCCAAGCGCCACGACACAGGCCCUUUCUGCACACUAUAGGCCCAUCGGGUAUAGGUUGCAAAGCUGACCUCUCUUGAGGCUUUCCUAGGCUUCCUUUGGAACUCUUUGUCUAUAGCCGGCUUUCUGACCCUCUAGACACCCCUCACCCACUCUUCUGGCUUAGGCUGUCCAACAAGAAGAGUCUUCCCAGAGUCCCCUUUCACCCCACUAUACCGAGAUGCAAAUGAUUCUUCUGAACUGUGGUCUCUGGUGUGCCUGGUUGCCCAUCCUUUGCCCAAUGGGCUGUCUUGAAUAUGUGGCUUUCUGCUUCCCUGGUAUUUCUGGCUUUUCUCUGUUCCUGCAUGGUGUUCUUUUCUUCAGGAUUGAAAUGGCAGUCUGGGAACUAACCCUAAGCUUUCUGACCUAGGGUAGAAUAGGAAAAGGACCCUAUGGCAAUGUGGGACAAUCUAAUCCACUCACCUAAGGUCCAGCAUCUACCUGAGGAUCAGGGAUGCUUGCUGGGCUGAGGAACUAUUGGGAUGGGAUGGGAAGUCAGAAUCUGGGGUGCAGACACCUGUCUGCAGACAGCCUUGCCUAGCCCACUGAGGUAGGACCCAGGGAAUCAGCUCACCAGACCCUGGCCCUACUCCUCUGGAGCCUUGACCUGAAGGGUCAACUGGGUUUGGUAACUUGUGUUCUGAGAACCCACGCCCAAAGCCUUCCCACCCUAGCCCCUGCCCAAUGAUGGUUCCCUCAGCACCGUUGAUCUGCCUUCCUACUUAGAAGGAGCCCCCUUCAGGAGCCUCCCCCUGCAGCUAGUAAUAGCAGUUUCUCCAGAGCUCUCUCCAUACUUUCUUCCACAC